AUGGUGGAAAUCACAGAACUAGACCAGAAAACCGACCAGCUCAUUAGCGAAUGGGAGAAAAGACGGUAUGUGCCCAAAGAAGGGGAGCCGGACUUGCCACCACAGCUUGCAGAGCUUGCCAACAAGCCCACCGAAGAAGUUAUGGCCGACCUAAACAGACUGCCUUUGUUCAUGACAGAACUCGAUGAGUCUGACGGUGCGGGUGGUGAAAACUUACACGUUGAGGCCCUAAAGGCUCUUGCGUACGAAGGAGAGCCCGACGAGAUUGCUACGAAUUUUAAGAACCAGGGCAACGACUGUUACAAGGCCAAGCAGUACAAGAAUGCCGUGGAAUAUUACACAAAGGGACUCGAAGUCGGUUGCAACAUGGAGGAGAUCAACGCAGCACUGUACCUCAACAGAGCAGCCUGCAAUUUAGAGCUGAAGAACUACCGCAGAUGUAUCAACGAUGCCAAAGAGUGUCUCAAGAUCCAGCCUAAGAACGUCAAAGCUCUGUUUCGUGCUGCCAAAGCUUUUCUUGCUAUCGAGAAGUACGACGAGGCCGAGCAAAUUCUCCAAUACGCCUCCUCUCUGGACAACACCUCCCCUGCUUUCAAGUCGCUAAACAAGCAGCUUGAAGACAGACGAAGACUGCUCCGCGAGUUGGAGGAGAAGAAACGUCGGGAGGAGGAGGCGGAAGAGCGCAAGAAAAACAAUCUCAAACAAGCCAUCGUCCUGCGAAGUUACCUGAGCGUUUUGAGUGCGGAGCCCGCAGAGCUUCCCGCAGGAACGCAGAUCCAUCUGGAGGACCCGGAGGACAUAGAGACACAGCUGAUUAUUCCAACAAUGGUUCUAUAUCCGACUACAGACGAGUUUGACUUUGUCAACGAGGUGAGCGAGCUUUCUACGCCUGGAGAGCUGAUAGAGUUGGUAAUGGACCGUCCUGACUCCUACUUUGAGGAUCCGAAGCAUAAAAAUUUCAGACAGAUGGAAGCAUAUAUGGAGACAGAAAGCGGCGGUCUGAUCAAGGCCGGGAAGAAGGUGACGUUCAAUGCGAUCCUCUCUGCGGCAACUCCGCGUGUGCCGUUGUUCGACAACGUGAUGCGGAUCUACUUUGUGCCGAGAGCGGACUCCAAAGCGUGGAUCUCAAAAUGGAGCAAGGAGGCAGCUCUGAAAAAAAGACGAUAA